CGCGGAAGCAGCGAGCAGUAGCGAGCGGCAGAGCUGGCAUAAAGGGAGCUGGUGGUAAAGGGAGCCUAUGGAGGGGCGGCGAGAGGCUCCAUGACGGAGGGUCCCUGGACGAAGGGCAGACUCGGAGGGCCCGCCUGGCUCUCCGCACGUUGGCUCCUGUUUUAGGGGGCCAUCACCAUCAUGCUCAAAGCCGUGAUCCUGAUUGGAGGCCCUCAAAAGGGAACUCGCUUCAGGCCUUUGUCUUUUGAGGUGCCCAAACCCCUGUUUCCAGUGGCAGGGGUCCCUAUGAUCCAGCACCACAUUGAGGCCUGUGCCCAGGUCCCUGGGAUGCAGGAGAUUCUGCUCAUUGGCUUCUAUCAACCUGAUGAGCCUCUUACUCGGUUCCUAGAAGCUGCCCAGCAGGAGUUUAACCUUCCAGUCAGGUACCUGCAGGAAUUUGCCCCCCUGGGCACAGGCGGUGGUCUCUACCACUUCCGGGACCAGAUCCUGGCUGGAAGCCCGGAGGCCUUCUUUGUGCUCAAUGCUGAUGUCUGCUCCGACUUCCCCCUGAAUGCUAUGUUGGAUGCCCACAGACUCCAGCCUCACCCUUUCUUACUCCUUGGCACCACGGCUAACAGGACGCAAUCCCUCAACUAUGGCUGCAUCGUAGAGAAUCCACAGACACAUGAGGUCCUGCACUAUGUGGAGAAACCCAGCACUUUCGUCAGUGACAUCAUCAACUGCGGCAUCUACCUCUUCUCCCCAGAAGCCCUGAAGCCCCUUCGGGACGUCUUCCAGCGUAAUCAGCAGGAUGGGCAACUGGAAGACUCUUCAGGCCUGUGGCCAGGGGCAGGUACCAUCCGCCUGGAGCAGGAUGUGUUCUCAGCCCUGGCUGGGCAGGGCCAGAUUUAUGUGCAUCUGACUGAUGGUAUCUGGAGCCAGAUCAAGUCUGCAGGCUCAGCCCUCUAUGCUUCCCGCCUCUAUCUGAGCCAGUACCAGCUCACUCACCCAGAACGUUUGGCCAAGCACAACCCAGGGGGUCCGCGAAUCCGAGGAAACGUUUACAUCCACCCAACGGCUAGGGUGGCCCCAUCGGCAGUGCUGGGCCCCAACGUCUCCAUCGGAGAGGGGGUGACCGUGGGCGAGGGUGUGCGGCUCCGAGAGACCAUUGUCCUCCACGGGGCCACGCUGCAGGAGCACACAUGUGUUCUGCACAGCAUUGUGGGCUGGGGAAGCACUGUGGGCCGCUGGGCCCGUGUGGAGGGUACCCCCAACGACCCCAACCCCAAUGACCCCCGUGCUCAUAUGGACAGUGAAAGCCUCUUCAAAGAUGGGAAGCUGCUGCCUGCCAUCACUAUCCUGGGCUGCCGUGUCCGGAUCCCUGCUGAGGUGCUCAUCCUGAACUCGAUUGUUCUGCCACACAAGGAGCUGAGCCGCAGCUUCACCAACCAGAUCAUCCUCUGAGGGGGGCUGCCACAGGGCCCCCCAGCUCCUACUCACUCCCCUGGAGGAGACUGCCUGUGUGGUCACCUCUGUCCAGAAGGGACUGGAGGAAGCCAGGCAGGAUCUUCAUAUGAUGGGAGCGAUGUGGGUGGCCCACGCCGGGCCUCUCUCUCCACUCCCUAAUAAACCCCGGUGAACCUUGGA